CUUUAGUAGAGUUAGUUAGAUUAAAACCAUUCUAUAAACAUUGGCUACGUGUCCACGUAACGAUUUCUCACGAAAAAAACUGUUUCAAAGUCCCGCUAACAGUUACGCAACGAAAUAGGCCUGUUUCAAAUUAGCAGGAUAAUGUAAAAAAAUUUAUUACGGUCGUUCCGAGUUUCCACCUUGGCUCUACGUGUGUUUUUUGUAAACAAUGUCCUAGGUAUAUCGAUCUGUGUGACUUGUGUCAGUAACGUCAUGCAUUGCUCUAUUAUUGCUUGUGUUGUUUGUUGUGAUUAUUUUAUGUUGUUGUGAUAUGAUGUUGUUUUUGUGAUAUGGCGGAGAUAAAGCCGUUGUAUUCGACAUGUGUUGCUGUUCUGGGAUUUAUUUGCUUUGUCGUCGGUGCUACUGCAGUUGGGAUACCGAUGUGGGGUUACUUUAGUACGCCUCAGGGUGUAUAUGGAGACGGAGAAGGGUAUUUCGGACCCUGGAAAACCUGUAAAUAUUUAUUGUACAAUAGAGAAAGGUGUGGAGAAGGACAAACUAGAUUUAAACCGUCAAUUGCCGUUUGGGUUGCAGGCCUAAUAGCUUCAUUGGGGGUGUCAGUUUUGGGAGUCUUUUGUAUAUUAAGUAUCCUUCAGUUAGCCAUGUUAAAUUCAAGGGACCAAGUAGUCAUGAAAUAUAGUAUAGUUGUCAUUACCAAAGUAGGACUAGGAUUACUAUCAGCGUUAUUGGCGAUCGCAGCUGCAGGAAUAUUCGCUCUGCAAAUCGACGACAGAGAACACAAUGGUCUCGAAAUAACCCGAGGACCUGCCUUUUACAUUCAGGUGUUGUUAAUAAUUCUCAAUGCUGCAUUGUUUGUGAUGGCUUUAUAUGACAUGUUCUUCGCCAGACGGGAAGGGGGCGAUCCGACUACUGUAUCUGUACCUGUAGAAGCUACCACUUAUGGAAAUCCAGGGUUUAGGGAAACGAGGACAAACGGUGGCGGUGUAUCCAUGACAGACGCCAGUGGCAAACCUUAUGCCUCUAAUGGCAGUAUGGCUUCCAUGCAAACCACUUCCACAACGUUAGGAUCCACAAACGGAUCUACGAUAGGCUCGUCUAUCACGCGAUCGCCUUUAAGGUCGAGCCUUAAAAAACCAAAACCUAAAGAUGGAGGAUUAGGUAUCCAGAACCCUGGAUUCUCAGGAACGUCGCCGACGAUGACCAGGAAUGGUAGUCAAAAAAAAGUUAGGAUUCAGACGCAUAGUACUGAAGUUUAGAGAAAUUUUUAAUUCUUCUACCUACUGUUUUAAGUAUCACAUUUUGUUUUUUAAAAGGGGGAUUUUAAAAGUUGACUGAUAUUUCUCAUGAUAUCUAUGGGUAAAAAAUUAGAAAUAAACAUUUUUAUACCUUUCUAGAUAGUGCAGGUCACUAAUUAUUUAGGACUAAAAAAAUUAUUGGAUUAUUAUUUAUGUUUUUGGGAUAAUGACAGAUUUAAUGGAUCGAAUGUGAGUCUACAACAAAGUAUCGAUAUACACAAUAAUUUGCAUUACAUUCCUUUCAAUAAUUGCCUAAUUUUAAAAAAUAAAUCUGCAACAUUAAUAAUUAAAAAUUCAAUAAAGAACACUCUUCUUUAUUGAAUGUAUAGAAAGAUCUAUAUAUUAUAAAAAAAAACCUCAUACGUGUUCAUAUAAAUAGAAAUACAUAUACAGUUUAGAACAAAAAGUCAAUUAUCUAUAUAUAAAAUGUUUUAACAAAAAUUUUACUUUAAAGAAGAAAUAGUUUUAAGUUUUUGUUGAAACAUUUUGUAUAUCUAAUGUAUACAGAGUGGUCUGUUUUUAUUUGGAAUGUAUACGGUACCUUACGUUGGCGACACAAAGUAAAGUUAAAAGUUUCCGGGGAAGCAUCCCUGGACCCCUCUUUAAGUUAGGGGAGUAUUCCUGAAAGUUUUCGCUUGUCUAAAAGGUACCCUCGUAAAUAUCGGGUCUAGAUUAGCCCCUAAAAUUAGUUUUUGAUAUUGAAGAAAUUGGAAAAAAUGCUGCCCCAUAAUUACCUAAUAUUUGACAGUAAAGCUUGUAAGAAUACCAAAUAAAAAUAUGUCGUCUGCAGGGCUUUAGUGG